AGGAAAAAUUCCAAGUAGUUUAGCUAGUUGUAUGUCGAUGGAAUACUUGUACAUGGGGGACAACAUGUUUACAGGUCCCAUCCCUUCAACUCUGAGUUCCUUACGGGGGAUUAAAGAAUUAAAUCUCUCCCACAACAGGCUCUCAGGCCAAAUCCCCGAUUUCUUGAAGGAUCUCAACCUUACAAGUUCAGAUCUGUCUUUCAAUAAUUUUCAGGGCAAUCUGCCUACCGGAGGAGUAUUUGCAAAUACAAGUGUAACCUCAGUUCUGGGAAAUGAGAAGCUUUGUGGGGGUCUACCCGAAUAUCGGCUGCCCAAAUGUAAGUCAACCGGUAGAUCAACUAAUGGCAGAGUGAGAAAUGUUUCUAUCUACAUGGUGUCGGGGACUUUGGCAAUAGCAUUUAUGCUCUCGUUACUUUGUUUCCUUUGGCAUAGGAAACAUAGGAAAACAGUCGUUUCUAGCUCCUCAAGCAACCGGUUUCUGAAGGUUUCAUAUCGAGACCUACUGAAAGCAACUGAUGGGUUCUCAUCUGCCAAUCUGAUCGGGACUGGUAGUUUUGGAUCAGUGUUUAAAGGGGUUCUUGCUUUGGAUCAGACAACCAUUGCUGUGAAAGUGCUUAAUCUUGAUCGUCAUGGUGCAUCAAAGAGUUUCAUUAAAGAGUGUGAGGCCUUGAGAAACAUCAGGCAUCGAAAUCUUGUUAUGGUAGUCACGGCAUGUUCGGGCGCCGAUUACCAAGGCAAUGACUUCAAGGCCUUGGUAUAUGAGUUCAUGGUCAAUGGGAGCUUGGAUGAGUGGCUGCAUCCACGAGUUGGAACGAGUGCAGAGAGAGAGAUUAUACUGAGGCAAUUAGGUCUUCUCCAGAGGGUGAAUAUUGCUACAGAUGUUGCUUGUGCUUUAGAUUAUCUCCAUCAUCAAAGUGAAACACCCAUAGUGCACUGCGAUCUUAAGCCAAGCGAUGUCCUCAUUGAUGGUGAAAUGACUGGGCAUGUAGGUGAUUUUGGGUUGGUCAGGUUCAUGCCAGGAGCUACUACGGAGCUGAUUUCUGAGCUGACAAGUUCUAUUGGAGUAAAAGGAUCUCUCGGCUAUAUUGCACCUGAGUACGGAGCGGGGGCUGAGGUGUCAACUAAUGGAGAUGUUUACAGCUACGGCAUCCUCGUGCUGGAGAUGUUCACAGGGAAGAGGCCCACCGAUGACAUGUUCAGUGAUGGGCUCAACCUUCAGUUCUUUGCAAAGGCGGCUUUCCCAGAGCGAGUUCUGCAGAUAAUUGACCCUGUCUUGCUCCGGGAAACUCACGACGAGGAUGAUGACCGAGACAUCAGGAAAACUCGAAGGAGCCACGACAGGUUCCUUAAGAUUCAAGAGUGUGUGGUCUCGAUAGUGGAAAUAGGAUUGGCCUGUUCUUCUGAUGUUCCAAGUGGCAGGGUGAGCGUGAGAGACGUCGCAGCUGCUCUGCAGGCAAUUAGGAAAAUGCUCACCGGAUGCUGAGGAUAUUGAAGACAGUAAAAGAUGCAGUCUAUGUUACAUCUAAAUGAGUGUACUUUCACGUUGUUCUAAGAAUGUAUAUUAUAAGUUGUGAUGUUGUGGUUCGACUCUAAUUCCACUAUU